GUAUAAAAACACCUUUGAAGACUUCAAACGGGGUGCUGGUGGUAUACUUUGUGUACGCUGUGUUGCUGCUUUGCAGACGGACCACGCUGGUCGGAUCGCUCUCCUGGGGAAGAGAGGAAGAGACAAUCAGCUGACGAAGGAAUAUUGUGGAGUCUCAGUGAGAAAGAGUGGACACAGAGCCAUCAAGAGCGCAGUGAACAGAGGUUAUUGGCAACAAAGCUUCGUCUCCGCUGUACCAACAGAAGCCAAACUUACUAAACUGGAAGCUCAUCCAACAGCUCAUCUUGAACUUGGGCACACGGAGAAAGUUUUUCCUUGGGCUGGAACAAAUGAUUUGAGCUCUUGUGAAACUAUUUUAACAAAGAAGCUUCAAAAUCUCCAGUUACAGAUGAAAGGGUUGCAUCCCAGCAGUGUGGAGCGCUCGGCCCCAUUUUUACUUACACCACCAAACCCACUGCAAAACCUUGAGCUGAUGGAUCCUGAAACAGACCAGCAGGAGACGAUAUCACACCAUCAGACCUCCAAAUACCUUACUGAUAUCAAACAAGAAGGUGAGGGUGAUGAGGAAGAUGUGUUUGUGCUGGAGUUGCAGAGAGGAUCAUGUGGUUUGGGUCUGGCAUUGGUAGAUGGACAGGAAACACCAUUUAAAGUCAAUGGAAUAUACAUCAAAUCCGUAAUGCCGGAAUCUCCUGCUGCUUUGUCCCAGCGGCUGAGACCAGGGGAUCGUAUUCUAGCAGUGAAUGGACUCAGUCUGGUUGGGGUGGACUACCAAACUGGCAGGGAGCUCAUUCAGACAUCAGGAGACAGACCCCGAUUACUAGUUGCCAAAUCUGACAGAAAUACAAGAGAAGCAUAACAUUCCUC